CAAAGAUAAAGACACAAAAUGAGAAAAACGAUGGAAAAUCCUCUUGUGAGUUUGGCAACAGUAUCACUUCUCUUCAUUGGUUUUAUGUUGAUCUACCAAUGCUUCUCCUAUUUUUCCAACCAAGCCAUCCUACGGCAAAAGGAACCACUCUUCGACCAAUCGAAUCUUAACAAGUCAAACACUGAAGCAUGUGGAGAUACCCUUGAGUGUGCUUUGGCGAAAGCUUCAAUGGGAAACAAAACAGUGAUAAUAGCAGUAGUGAAUAGGGCUUAUGCAGAGCAAGAUGUGGAGAGUGACACCACCAUGCUUGAUAUAUUUCUCAACAGUUUUUGGCUGGGAGAAGGAACAAGAUCUCUCAUUCAUCACAUUCUCAUAGUUGCUGUUGAUCAAAUUGCCUAUGAUCGAUGCCAGUUUCUGAAACUCAACUGCUUCAGAUUGGAAACAGAUGGUGUUGAUUUCAAAGGUGAGAAAGUUUACAUGUCUCAAGAUUUCGUCAAGAUGAUGUGGAAGAGAACACAGUUCCUCUUGGAAGUUCUCAAACAUGGCUACAAUUUCAUUUUCACAGACACAGAUGUAGUGUGGUUAAGAGACCCAUUUACAAUGUUGGGGAAGAACGAGACAGAAGAUCUUCAGAUAAGUUUAGAUGGAUACCUCGGAGAUCCAUGGUUACAGAGCAGUCCAAUCAACACAGGGUUUUACUUUGUGAGAUCAAACAAGAAGACGAUUUCCCUGUACAAAAAAUGGUAUGCACAAAAGGACAAUUCCACAGGGAAGAAGGAACAAGAUGUUCUGAGUGACCUAAUUAAGGGUGGUAUUAUUAACCAGUUAGGACUUAGGGUUAGGUUUUUGGAUACCCUUUAUUUUAGUUCCUUUUGCCAAGAUAGCAAAGAUAUUAGGGCAGUCAUCACUUUCCAUGCAGCAUGUUGCAGAAGCAUCACUGCAAAGGAACGAGACCUGAAGGUUUUGCUCAGUGAUUGGAAGAGGUUUAAGAAGUUUCAACAUAAUAACUCUUCUCAAACUACUAAGUGGAGUACUCACACUUGGUGUACCCAAUCUUGGGGAAAUUCUCUAAAAGUAAAGGGUAAUUAGGUAUCAUAUAUAUAGUUGAAUGUUUUUUUUAAUUUAUACAAGUUGUUGUAUUUUGUACUAUGAU